UAGUUUCCCGCGGAGAGGGUUUCAUGUUGUUGUUUGUAUAUAUUCUUCCUGCUGGCCGGGCAGAAACUAUGGGUGGUCAAGUAGCCAGCAAAAACACUUCGAAUAACACAAAUACUAACACAGAACCAACCGAAAAUAACCUCAAAACUUCUUCCUGCUACACUGACUCGAUGUUCUCCAGCCAUAGGGUUUUUGUCGUCGAAAAGACCUCGAAAAAGGCUGCGUCGGGAGCAAAACGAAAAAGAGGCGAAAUUGAAAACGCUGUGGCAGGACCACAGCAAGUUUGUAAAAGACCUAAAAUCUGCAUGAGUAAUAGCAGCAGCAAAGGAGGGGGUUCUUUUAUGGUUGCUUUCUUCAAACUUUUAGAUGACGACGUUAUCCGUGAAUUUCUUUGGAUGGACAAAUGCGCAAAAAUUUCCGAUAAGUAUCUCCUCUCGAUGGUCUACGCGUAUUUCAGAAGAGCGAAUCUACACAGACGAGAAUUUAACAGACUCAAUUUCUUUCUUGCCUUGUACCUGGCGAACGAUAUGGAAGAAGAUGAGGAAGAUGAUAAGUAUGACAUAUUUCCCUGGGCACUGGGAAAGCGAUGGCGUGAAUUGUACCCAGCAUUUCUAGUCAGACGAGAUGAGCUGUGGAGGAAAAUGCGGUACAGGGCUGUUGUCAGUCGACAAACAUGUGAAGAGGUAAUGUCCAUUGCCCCAGAUCAUCCAGUCUGGUGGCGUAGACGGAGGAGCCACCAUGGAGGGGCUUGGAGAGAUUACACAAAGUCAGAAGAGGACCAGUCAGCUAGCCCUAGGGGGCAUAACUCCAGUCCUGUGUUCUGUAGUAUGUGUCACGCAGCAAGCAAGAGGGAUAAUUAUGAUUCCCCUGUGCAGACCUCUGACUACAGUUCAGGCUCUUCAGAAUCUCUUUCAGAUGAGAGCCCUCCAUCAAGUUUUGACAUGAAUGGUUUGAAGACAGUUUUGUCAGGGGAGGGCAAAAGCAAUGGCUUACAAUGGAUUCAUGAGAGCUAGAGUCUGACCAUUCAAACAAUGCCACCAUCACUUGUCAUCAAUUUUUUUUUUGCAUUUUGCAAUCUUUUCUCUGUAACAAGGGGGAUAAGUAAUUUUCAUUCUCUCAGGGCAUGACUACAAUAGUUGUGUCAUUCUACAAUCUUGGCAAUAAACUCUAAAUAGGAACAUUAGGGUUCCUAGAAUCUUUACAAUAUUAAACUGUCUCUGGCUGUU